GUGCGACUGUCCUGGCAUCUCAUCACCUCGAGCAAGUAAACUGGGAUAUAAGGAUAUAAAUCAGCGAAGUAAACAUCAGCUGCAGCAUCCAUAGACCGUCUUUAACAGCGUCAAGAACAAGUAGUUGCUUGGUGAACAAAUAUAGAGAUCGAGCCGCUUCAGGCAUCUUCGCACAACCACAAAGGCAGCACAACCAGCACGGGAUCACGCUUCAUCGAUUACCAUGCCAUCUUCAAACUCAACAAGAGCUACAGCGAGUAACGAGACAAAUGCCGGUACCACCUCCUCAUCAACCACGGCGGUCCCUACCCGACCGCCUAACAUCCAAUACCCCGCCUUGUUCGGUGACGCAUCGAUCGACCACGCCGUAGCGGGUUUAGGAGCCGGGACGAUAGCCACCCUAGUUAUGCAUCCUCUCGACCUAGUCAAGGUUAGGUUUCAGUUGGCGACUACGCCUUUGGCGAGCACGAGCACGAGCAUGAGCUCCGGGAUGGGAUCUUCUUCGUCAGGAUCGGCAUCGGCAUCGACAUCGACCUCAGCAUCGUCAAUACGUACCAGCACAAACCCUUUUCCUGCAUCAACAUCAACAUCAAUACCUUCGACAUCAUCAUCAUCAACAAUAUCAACACCCUCAACCUCAACCUCAACCUCAACCUCAACCUCAAUCUUGAACUCAAGAGCAAACCCCAGCUCGAAACCUCGACUAGGAACAGCCGUCUACUCAGCCCUCAGGGAUGCAGUGAAACAAGACGGUCCGUCCGGCCUAUACCGCGGUUUGGUACCGAACUUGGUCGGGGGAGCGAGUAGCUGGGGGUUAUAUUUCCUCUUCUACAACAUCCUGAAAAAACAGAUGCAAGGCGGAGAUCCGAACUACGUAACCUCGCCUUCCCAGCACCUGCUCGCCGCAGCGGAAGCCAGCGCGAUCACGGCCAUGUUGACGAACCCGAUUUGGGUGGUCAAGACGAGGGUGUUUGCCAGUAGCAAGAAUUCAGAGGCGGGUCGGGCUUAUCGGGGAUUAUGGCACGGCCUGACCUCGAUAUACCGCACCGAAGGUAUCCGAGGACUGUACCGAGGAUCCCUCUUGGCGCUCGUCGGCGUAUCAAACGGGUCGAUCCAAUUUGCUACGUACGAGGAGAUCAAGACGAGACGGGCUGCGAUCAAGCGGAGAGCGAUCGAGCGGGAAGGGAGGGUUUGGGGGAGGGGGGAUGAGAAGUUGUCGAAUAUGGAGUACAUCUUGGCUAGUGGGAGUUCGAAAUUGGUCGCCAUCGCCUUGACCUACCCUUACCAGGUCGUACGAGCGCGAAUACAGAACGCCGCCACUUCGGACCUCUACCCAAACAUCCCAAAGACCAUCUCUCGGACGUUCCGACAAGAAGGUCUCCGAGCGUUUUACAAGGGUCUGGGAACGAACGCGUUGAGGAUCUUGCCGGGGACGUGUACGACGUUUGUGGUGUACGAGAACCUGGUGUGGGGAUUCCGAGGGAUAGCGGAUUGGAGGCAGCAGGGAGCUGACGGGGGUACGGCGGAUGGGGAGGUCUUGGUCGGAGGUGUUGGGACGGACGGGGCGAUUGUAAAGAGUUGAUGUGGGGGGUCAAUCGGGAUGACGUCACGCCUCAUUGUUAUCGUCACGUGAUAUGAGGGAUGGUUGCUUGAUCGAUCUACUCUUGGCUGGGGUCGAUCAGUAGAACAUGACUACCUAUUCUCAUGCUCGAUCGUU